AUCUCACGCAAAAGGGGACAUCUCAUCACGACUCUUGGUACCUAGCAGGCACUUCUCUCGUUCGUAUAGUGGGUACUCCACUCAUCGUGUGUCGUCUACGGGUUUCCACGAGGCUGUAGGGGCCGCCCGGGCGAACAAGCCAACGUUGGUCGAGUGGGUCUAAGCGGCCGUGAGGACCUCUCCAGGAGAGAACACCCAACAGUCCUCUCCAUUCAUUCAUUCAUCCAUCCUCUAAAGCCAGCAAGCAUAUCCAUCCAUCCAUAUACCAUCAGCCGCCGUCGCGCUCUCGCUCCUCACCACCGCGCGUAUCCUCGACGAAGGUGGAGGCGAAAAGUGGUUUGGUUUGUACCAUCUACCCAUCUCUCGUCUAUCGGACGAGUCCAAGGACUCGAAAGAACCCUCCGGGGUGAUUUCAGUCGGCCGCCGGCCGGCUGUGGCCGGCCAUCCCACCACGUGUUGAUUUUGUCUUCCUUUUUUUUUUUUGGAAAAAAGUUAUAGCCUAGUGUGUAUGUCCUAUCGUGAGUGUUUUCCAUAUUAUAGUGCCAGAAAGAUCAUCCAGUGUUUUCCCUAUAUAGGAUAUACUGAUCUGGUGCGCAUCAAUGGUAUGUCAUUCAAGAACUAUUUGGGAAUUUUAAAAUCGGAGACCUUGAGGAGUAGGCGCAAUAGUUAAUACGAUAUCAAAGGAUUUAGUCUUCCAAUUUGAUGCUUCGUAGAAUCGAAGAUUUAGUAAUGUAUCCCUGGAUUUUGGAAAUGAGUUUAACCUAGUGAAGUGUGAAUAUAUAAAAGUGCGGGUAACGAGAAAUAGGAUGUUAAUCAAAAUUUUGGGAUAAGAUCGGCUCCACCAUUCUGCUAAGUCGGAGCCUAAAGUACUUCGACGGUGUCGAGGUCCCCGAAAUGAGCGGUGGUAGUGGCGGCGGUAACGGAGGCGGCAGCCAAGGAACCAGCAAUGCUUCCUACCACCAGCAUCAACAACAACAGCAGCAACAACAACAACAACAUUCACAAUUGGAACAGGCAGGUUUACUGCCGGAUUUGAAUGGCGUUGAUUUGGCUAUGAGCCUAUCGCCUAAACAACAUUCAUCACACGUACAACCUGGUGCACAUACAACGCCAUUUAGUGUAUCCGAUAUUUUAUCGCCAAUUGAAGAAUCAUAUAGAAAAUUGGAACUUGCUGCAGCUGCUGUUGGUGUUGUUGCACAUCCUCAAGGUUCGCCCUAUACGAAUGCUUGUGGUGGUGCUCGUGGUGUUGGUGGUAAUACGGGUAGUUCAAGCGCAAGCAGUGGUAGUCCACCUCUUCACGGGGGUUCAACGCCCGGUGGAAGUACACCGGGGCCCGUUGUUACGGGUACAAACGGUGGUAUUGGUGCGGGAAGUGUUGGUGGUACAGGUGGUGCAAUGAGUGCUAUGGGUAAUCCCUAUGCGACAAUGCAAUUAACUUCGCAAUAUCAAUAUUGCGCUGCUGAAUUAUCGCCAUAUCAUCAUGGUGGUCAUGGUGUUGGUGGUGGUGCUACUGCGACGGAUCCAAUGCGAACGCAUGGUGUAUCGUCGCAUCAUCAUCCAUGGUAUGCACCAGCGCCACCGCCAACUAACGAUGCACGAUUUGCCAUUUCGCGACUGAUGGGUGCCGGUUCAAAUAUGGCCGGUUGUUCGGUGGGUCAGUCAAUGGGCGAUAUGACAAAAUCAUCAGGAAUGGGCGUCGGCGUUGGUGUUGGCGUUGGUAUGGGCGUCGGUGCCAUGCAAUUUCCUCUUGCUCAGAGAAGAAAACGACGUGUCCUCUUCACUCAGGCCCAGGUCUAUGAAUUGGAGAGGCGAUUCAAGCAACAAAAAUACCUCAGCGCACCCGAAAGGGAACAUUUAGCUUCUCUCAUUCAUCUUACACCUACUCAAGUGAAAAUUUGGUUUCAAAAUCAUCGGUAUAAAUGUAAACGACAAGCAAAGGAGAAAGCCAUGGCCGAGCAAAACGCACAAAAUCAGAGUUCAAGUUCGCCGAGACGUGUGGCAGUACCGGUUCUUGUUAAAGAUGGUAAACCAUGUGGAAGUGGUGGCGGUGGUAAUGAGGGUAGUAGAGGUGGUCCAUCGGCGGCACUUGCAAGUCCUGCACCCCAUAUGACAACAGCCUCAAGCCCUCAUGGUACACAUCAUGCGGCGUCAGUCGCUCAUCAUUCAGUGGUUGGCGUAAGUCAUGUAAUGAGUUCGAGUCAAAGUCUACAGCAUUGUUCAUAUUCAAGAACGGCGGCACAACAAACAAUGCAACAACAACAACAGCCACAAUGUAGCGCUUAUCUACCAUUACAAGGUAGGGCAUGGUAGUGCGCGCCGUCCGCGGCGGGGGCAGCGGCCUACGCCAAUCCCUCCGUCACUGGCCCCUGGGCCCUCGCCGCGGAUCCAACCGCAUGGUACGCCAUACCCGAAGACAGUCCGUAAAAUUGCGCCUUUUUUAUUGCGUGUAUAUAUAUACAAAUUAAGGUACACUUUUCUCUAAUUUUUAUUUUCUUUUUUCUUUUUUUAAUUUUUAACUUUUUUUUCAAUUUUUUAUUGAUUUUAACCCGUUGCCUGUCGCUGACGCAUAUAUAUGCGUAAAACUAUAAAACUGGCCAAAAGUGCGCUCUUUACGCAUAUAUAUGCGCAACUUAAAAAAAAGUGAUGAAAAACAUCUCAAAUAUUUCUGAAACUGGUUACUAGGGGGAUUUUUGGGGUCGCUGAUUCCGAAGCUGAGGUUGGUUUUUCAAAAUUCAAAAUGGCGGAUCCAAUAUGGCGGACGAUAAUUUGAAAAUAUGAUACAAUUCGCUUGAAAAUGGUUACCCAGGGGUUUUCGGAGUCGCUGAUUACGAAUCUGAGGUCGGUUUUUCAAAAUUCAAAAUGGCGGAUCCAAUAUGGCGGACGACAAUUUGAAAAUAUGUUACAAUUCGCUUGAAAAUGGUUACCCAGGGGUUUUCGGAGUCGCUGAUUACGAAUCUGAGGUCGGUUUUUGAAAAUUCAAGAUGGCGGAUCCAUUAUGGCGGAAAAUUUUUCAAAAUUGAUCGGAUUCGACUACUGAAGCUCGUUGAAUUUAAAAUUUUAAAAAACUAACAUGCGAUUCGUAAUCAGCGACCCCAAAAAGCCCCGAGUACCCAUUUUCAAGUGAAUUGCAUUAUAUUUUCAAAUUGCCGUCCGCCAUAUUGGUUCCGCCAUUUUGAAUUUUGAAAAACCGACCUUAGGUUCGUAAUCGCAGCUACCCUGAAAACUUUAAGAUACCAAGUUUCAUAAAAAUGUAUUAAAAUUUUUUUUCAACACACUUUUGGCCCAAAUAGUGGAAAUCUCGUCGACAGUCAAGGGGUUAAAAAAAAAAAUUUUAAGUAUUUUUUAUUAAAAACCUUUUUUUUAUAUUUCUUGAAUUACACCUAAUAUAUAUACGUUUUCAAACUCGAAGAAAAUAUGACGAGAAAUAAUUCCUUGUUUUUUUUUUUGUUUACUUAUAGUAAUACUCGGUUAGGGUACGUCUACAAUUCAUUGGUCGAUGGGGGGGGGGUCGUCAUGGUAACGUAUAAGAGUGAGAGAAGCAGAG